CUGGGUAUGGUUUGUAUCUGCUGUACAGAUUGCUAUACCAGCCAUGAUGAUAUCCACAACCCUCCUGUAAACAACAACAUAGAGCCUAACUGCAAAACUCAGGCUAAAAUAUGCAAGUUACUUUCACCUAAAAUGUUCGAUUCAUUUUUUUCAGUUCUCCAUAAAUUAAAUAAAAAGAAUAUUGUUGUUAUUAUUCGCUGAUGGAGUUUAUACAGACAGUAAUUUGGGCUGAUCACACCUUGCAGGGCAAUCUGACCAGAAUCUGUUGGUUCUGAAUGGAUUGUGCUCGCUGGUCCCACACUGGAUACAAACAGUCACAUUGUUUAUUUGUGUUCCUCCAGGAAUGUUACAAUGUAUCAGCGGGUGGAUCCAUCGCCUCGUGUCUCACUGUUACCACUCCUACAGGAACUACAUCUCCCAUGGACCUGCAGAAGCCCCCUCCUCCUCCUGCUUGUCAGGACCAGGAGAUCAGCAGUUCCCAGCCAUUGACUUGUAAAGACAAGGAUAAAGGAGGAGAUCUAGACACAGCUGCCUGGCACCAUCAGGAGGGAGGGUGAGAGAGACCCAGGCAUGCACCCAAUCCAUCCAUGAUGAGGGAGGUGGCAGUGGGAGACACUGGGGCCUGGAACAUGACAGCAUCCAGCUUGGACCUCCUCCCUGCAGACCUCUAGAUCAGAGCAUCCUUAUCUCCCCUGGGGGAGGAAGGAGACACACAGGGUCUGUGUGAGAUACACUGAACUGGCAUGGGAAAGAAUUGGGAUUGACACAGGUCCCAAAGAAGAGGUGUCUCCCCUGGGGCUCCUCAGUGAGAGGAGGAGGAGCAGGUUGGCAAGAUGGAGCUUGGAGCCUCUGCCAGUGCAAGCAGCAUUUUUCUAGUGCUGCUCCCCUGGUUACUGUCAAUUGCUGGGCAGGUGGCCAUCAAGGUACCUUUGAAGAAUGGAGCAGGUCCUAAUGGAGCCCAGGGCAGCAGAGUCCGGAGAUCAACAGAAGAGUCUGGACAGGACAGCAACUUCCUGAACAUGAGAGAUAACCUGAGGGGGAAGUCUGGCCAGGGAUAUUAUGUUGAAAUGAGGGUGGGUACCCCUCCUCAGAAGGUAGGUGACACCUUUACAUCCACCCAUCUCCCUUGAUCCAUGAAACAGACAGAAGAUAUAAUUAGAUGGGGGAUAUUAAACGUGGGUUUGCUGGUACCCUGAUCCAAACACAUAAUACAGGGAAGGUAAAUAGGGAGCAGGCAGGGUUUUACUGUCUGACUCUACACCUAGUGAAUGGCCAUCCUCCUCCCAGCCUUUGUUAUGGUAGGACAGCAAAUCCUACUAUACAUUGGCACUGGCUGGCUGCUAAUGAUGGGAGUUGCACUUUCAACAUGUGGGAUGCCUCAGGCUGAUACACAGUGUUUAAUUUGUGUGAAGCUGCUCUCAGAUUUAGUUAGCAAUGCAUGCCCACACUAGGGUUUAUAUAUAAACAGAUAAUACUCCAAUAGUGACAGUCUUUCCCAAUGAGCUGUUUGCUACAAACGUUAAAAGGCACUUAUUUACAGACCUGGUCCAAAUGUAAUUUGGAAUUUCUGACAUUUGACACAUCAGUGACUAGCCCUGCCUACCAGGAACUGUGAAGAACUGAUAAGGGUUUCGUACAUUUUAAACCAGAUUAGUUGAGGUGAAAAAAAUUGUAAAUUGAAAUACAUUUCUUAUUUCGCUAUUUUAAACAGAAAAAAAGAAUUCUCUUAUCAGUGUUCCUUAAAGGGUUCCUCCAAGCAUCAUGGCUACUAACCCCGGCUGUAGUGGUUAUGGUGUGAGAAAUACCCUGGACCCAUUUCCUGGGUCACACAGGGCAUCGAUGGCCUCCUCCAGUCAUGAUUUUUGGCUUCUGCAGAACUGCAGUCGAUCUUGCCUGCCACUCUUUGGCUGAGAGUAUCAGCUGACCGCUCUCGGUCAAUAAAUGCAAUUCUGACUUGCACAGACUCUAUAAACACUUAUGUAAAGGGGGACUUAAAGGGACACUAUAGUCACCUGAACAACUUUAGCUUAAUGAAGCAGUUUUGGUGUAUAGAACAUGCCCUGCAGCCUCACUGCUCAAUCCUCUGCCAUUUAGGAGUUAAAUCCCUUUGUUUAUGAACCCUAGUCACACCUCCCUGCAUGUGACUUGCACGGCCUUCCAUAAGCACUUCCUGUAAAGAGAGCCUUAUUUAGGCUUUCUUUAUUGCAAGUUCUGUUUAAUUAAGAUUUUCUUAUCCCCUGCCAUGUUAAUAGCUUGCUAGACCCUGCAAGAGCCUCCUGUAUGUGAUUAAAUUUCAAGUUAGAGAUUGAGAUACAAUUAUUUAAGGUAAAUUACAUCUGUAGCCAGGGGAGGUGUGGCUAGGGCUGCAUAAACAGAAACAAAGAGAUUUAACUCCUAAAUGACAGUGAAUUGAGCAGUGAAAUUGCAGGGGAAUGAUCUGUACACUAAAACUGCUUUAUUUAGCUAAAGUAAUUUAGGUGACUAUAGUGUUCCUUUAAUGCUUAAACUGUCUUUGUUCCACAGGCACAGUUUAAUUUAGAAUUUAUUUAGAAUGUCUUGCUCUCUUAAUAAGCUGUUAGAGCCUGCAGUAGCCUCCUGUGUGUCAUUAGAGUUCAAUUAACAGAGCAGGAGAUACAAACUCCUAAAUUAAACACACUGUGCUGUACGAUCUGAUUGAAACCAUUCUUUCAAGGAGGCCGUGUGAGUCACAGCCAUCAGAGGUGUAGAUAAGGCUGUGUAGACAGAAACAAAAGUAAUUUAACUGCUAAAUGGCAGAGAUUUGAGCAGUGAGAUUACAGGGACAUGAUCGAUACACCAUUUAAUUAUGCUAAAGUUGUAUUGUUGCUUGGAGUAUCCAUUUAAUUACCACCUUAUAUUUGUAGGGUGCACAAUGUUCUUCUGUUGUGGGGCUUGAUUGUUAAAUAGAUUUAAAGAGAGAAGGGGACCUAGGCCUUCCCAUAAAUUAUUUUACUUCUAAUAUUGUGAAUCUAACAGUUAAAUUGUGUGAUGGUAACAUAUGCAAUGUUUUAUUUAGUCUUACAAUUAAUUUAUUCAAUGCUUAUAAAAUGUAAAUAAUGUAGUAUACUUCUUUCUCUUUUCCUCUCAAUAACAAUAUUUAACACACGAAAAAGGAAUAUGCACAGAAUUGACAUUAGACAGUCUGGAACUCUAGCUCCGGGUUGGUUAAUGACACCCGUACGACAUUGCGCGAGGUGGAAUUAUGCCUCCGGAAGCAGAGAAGUUAAACCCUUUAUGUACAGUGUUUGAAAGCAAAAUUCUGCACACUCCAGGCACUAUAAUCACUGCAAAUCACUGAAAUGGUCAUGGUACUUCAAAUAACGCUUUAAUCAUACAGUGUCUGUUUAGUAACAAAUACAGGUUUUCUGCUACAGUUACAGUAUCAUAGUAUUUAUCAUCAUAACAUUAUCAUAAUAUUUAUACCAAGUUAUAAUAAACUGGAAAAAGUUAAAAACGGCCAAGUUGUGACCUUAGCCUAGUUGCAGAAAAGUCCACACUUUUUGACUAAAUUUUGCAAUUCAGUUUUCAAUUUUCUACAAUUUACAGGGUUAUUCAAAAAUGUGAGCUUUCAAAGUGAAUUUCAAAUUUAAGACCAAAGUGGUCAAACUGUAAGCAUGCCUUAAGUAAUACAGAGUGAUAUUAUGUAUUCAGGCGCUUGAAAGGGUGGAAAAGAUUAUAUAAGCUGCUACCACCAAUGUGUAAUCCUCUCACAGCUUAACACAAGAAUAUGAAAUGUAGUGAUAGACUGUGUGGUGGGAAACCAACACCAGUCAGUAGGUGGAGUGCUCAGAAGUUACAAGUAAAUGACUCACCUCCCCCCUCUCUUGGGUUUAUUUGUGAUAACCUAGAGGUGGGGAUUGAGAUAGAGAAUACAAUCGUGUGAUACGUUAAAUAACAGUGGAGUGGUAAUAAAGAUAUAUAGACCCACUCACAUGGUACUGAGCCUCAGCAGGACAGGCUCAGAUCACUUGGGCAGGCGUGUUUUUCGGGUAACACGAAACCAACAGUUGAUGAAAAUCGUACUGUUCCUUUAAAGAUAAAGAAAACCAAAUAUGGUGUAGUAUAUAGAUGAAUUGCAAUUUAAGUGGUGGAGGACACAGAAUUGUUCACCUGGUUCAGAGCAUGUAACCCUGGCUCUGAGUAUAAUGAUGUAUGUGCCAAUAAGGGGGCACAAAACCCUAUAGAUGGGUAUCAGGAACACUACUUACGUCCACAGGCAGAAGUUGGAAAAAUAACAUUUAUUUGAAAUAUAAAAACACUAAUACAAAAUAAAUGACUGUAUUAAAACAGUAAUUCAAGUAAGUCCUUAAUCCUCCUGGACGUCCGAGACGCGUUUCGCCGGUGGGCUUUGUCAGUCGGUGUGUGUUCCUGUGCUCCCGCUCUCCUUUUGUAUCUGAAAGGAUCUCCAUGAUUGCGGAUUGAUCGCGGCUGUAUUCUGCUUUCAUCAUCAUUCAGUGCGGUCCCAUUUUUCAUGUUCAUAUGUGGAUAAAUCAAUAGUCGCCAUAUUGUUUAAGGGCGAAACAGUCUGUAUGUAUAUACAAAUCGUCUCUCAUAUAGAGUGAUGAUUAGAAAACAGAGAUAAACCAUAGGAAAGUGCAGUUAGUGUCUUAUUAAUAAUCACUUACAACGGAACAUUUAAUAUAUCCAUUUUGUAUAAAAUAAAAUACAGUUCAAAAAGGAAUAUAUCUUCCAAAUGGUUUUUAAAUAAAAUGUAUACACAUUCUGAGGUGAAACAGUGUCUACAUUUGGAAUGUAUACUUGAACCCUUUAAAUGAUAAGCGUGUGUCCUUGUAGCAAUGAUUUGUAUAUCAACAUUAAACUUUUUGAAAUUGAUUAGAGUAAAUAAAUUAAAUUAAUUUGUAUCGUUUGAGUAUAUGAAUAAUAUUGUGAAUUAUUUAUCAGAUUAAUGAACAUCCUAUAGAUAUCUUGUAGGUGUGGGUUAGAGAAAGUAGAUUUAGAUCAAAUUCGAUCAAAAUUAAAUUUGACCAUCUUAAUGUUAAUGACAUUACAAUUUUUAUAGGGUUAAUCAACAUCAUAUAAAUAUCGAUAAGAUUAUUGAUUGCAUAUUUCAAGUAACGGGUUGUUUUUAAUGUAGCAUAAUUAAUUUAGAUAGUAUAUAAGUAUUCCCAUAUUUAAAAUAGGAAUCAUCCCCAUGUUUUAAAGGAGUAUGUAGAUACAUAUUUUGUAUAGUGUUAUAAACCCUGGUGGAAAAUAAAGUAUAAUCCUUAAUUUCAGAGCAUUAGUAUAUUAUUUAGACAAUGAAAAAAGAAAGUAUAUAUGCUCCACCAUAUCAGAUUCGAGCUAUAUAUUUGUGACGUAGUGCAAGAGUAACUUUAGAUAGAGUUUUCUUGUUUACCCCACACAUAGGGAUUCAUAUAUUGUAAUAUUGUGUUGAGAAGAGAAUGUAAAAUAGAGUCCUUGAUUUAAAGUAUAAACUAUUUAGACCAUAAAUAGUAAAGGUGAGUGGAAAAUCAUAAGGGUAAUUUUCUAGGGGGGGUUUGGGCGAGACGGUACUUUAUCAUAAAAAAUGACAUAGUUCGAAAUCACUAUUUAAUCGAUGAGGUAGCAUGGUGUUUAGAUUAAAGAUCCACCUCAUUUCCAUUUCUAUAUGUUUAGGUCUUCUCCCCUCCAAUUAGGAGUGUAGGAGUGAUUUUCUGUAUCCCCAUAAAUUGAAUAUUUGCAGGAUCUUUACUAUGAGUUUUAGAAAAUGUAGGGAAAGACUGUGUUUAUCAAGUCCAUUACAGAUGUUCCUAAUAUGUUCUUGAACACGUAUAUGAAGAGGGCGUAUAGUGCGUCCCACGUAUAGAAGACCACAUGGACACAUAAUAGUGUAUAUCACUUAUUUUGAAUGGCAUGUAAUUAGUUCAUUGAUUUUGAAAUUUUGUUUUAGAUUUUUUGGGUGUGGGAAUGAUGCAAUGUGCCUCUUAUUGUGGGUGUUUCUGCAGGCUCCACAACUCCCACAACCAAAAACCUUUAGUCUCAUUUAAAAAGUGUGUAUUCUCCUUUGUUUUUAUGUGGUUACGUACUAGAGUUCUAUUGAGGUUUGGAACUCCUCUAUAUACCACGACUGGUCUAUCUGGAAGUAUGGGAUUUAAUAUAUCGUCAUUUUUAAGGAUAGGCCAGUGUUUAUUAAGAAUUCUUCUGACUUGUUUGUUUUUACAAUUGAAGUUGAAUAUGAGUGUUGGCUCCUUAGUAUUAGUAUUUUUAUUGUAUCUUAAUAUGUUAACAAGGAAGAUCUAUCCCUUAAUUUGACUUCUUCAAACACUUCAUUCAAUAAUUGGUCCUUAUAUCCCUUCUCCCUGAAAUUCUGUAUGAUGGUAGAUGCUUGGUUCUGAAAUAUGUGUUCAUCUGUGCAGUUGUGUUUAAUCCUGAGUAAUUGUGCCUUUGGGGCAUUGAGGAGCCAAGGUUAGAAGUGGCAGCUAUUUUCCUGUAUAUAGCUAUUAACAUCUGUUAUUAAAAAAAAAAUUAUUAGUUUUCUAUAUUUCAUCUUCUACAUAUACAUAUGUAGGUCAAGAAAGUUGACCUAGGUUUUACUAAAGUUGGUGGUUAGCUUGAUUUCCCAGUCGUUAGACUCAAUGUGGGUUAGAAAAGUUAAAAGUGAUUCCUCAUCGCCCCUCCAGAUGAGGAACAAGUCAUCGAUGUAUCUGCAAUAGGUCACGAGGUUUGCCCCCCAUCUGCCAUCUCCAUAGAUGAACUGUUGUUCCCAAUGGGACAUAAAGAGAUUAGCAUAAUUGGGGGCAAACCUCGUGCCCAUCGCAUUACCACAUACUUCAAGAUAGAAAUUACCACCGAACCAGAAAGAGUUGUUUCGAAGUAUCCAGUCUAUUCCCUCGAUGAUAAAAUGUAUUUGUUCUGGAUGAAAUUUGUUGGAUUGUUCCAAGAAUACUCUAGCCGCUAAACAGCCUCUAUCAUGAGAAAUUAUGGUGUAAAGAGAGGUAACAUCUGAUGUUACCAAAUAUAAAUUAUCUUCCCAUUUGAUAUUUGUGAGGACUUUCUUUUAGAAAACUGGGGCAUUGUUGUACAAUAGCUUGUAAGUUCCUAUCUAUGUAUUGAGAUGGUCGACUCGAUAUUGACCCGAUCCCAGAUAUUAUGUAAGCAUGCCUGACUCCGAGAAUUCUUCAGUUCGACUAAAUGGCGAGGAAUUAAAUUCGAAUUUUAAAUUUUAGAUUAAAAUAGCUGAAUUGAAAAUAUAACUGGCUUCUGUUAUAAUAACCUGAAAUUUAAAUUCACAUGUGAUUUCACAGCAAUUGUCACUAUGGUGAAUAAAUGUUUGUUUUUUUACCUACACAUGACUCCUCUAUUACUGCACAGAUAAUUUAUGGAACACUCGUAUUUAAAUAUAUGGUAUUUUAGUGUGUUACUUUUUUCUUUAGAUUUGGGGCCCCAUGCCCCCUUGUUAUAAAAAAAUAAAUAAAAAAAGUUAACCCUCCCUCCCCCCCCAAAAAAGAAAAUCUCAUUGCAGCAGUCACCAUUGAUGAUGUUUGGCCAAUCUUAUAAAGAAGCACUGGCGAUUAAAUGGAUACUAUAGUACCAGGAAUACAAAGCUGUAUUCCUGGCACUAUAUCUCACUCUGCCUCCCUUGCAGGUGAAUAAAGGGUUAGAAACCCUUUAUUUACUUACCUUACCCCAGCGCAGUUGUCACUCUGCGCUGGGCCAAAGUGCCUGUGACGAGCAAGCUCUAGUGUGCAUGCAUGGUAAAUGCCAUGCGCGCAUUAGACCUCCCCAUAGAAAAGCAUUCAAUCUGACGCUGGGAGUCCUCAUGUAGAGCGUGAGCAUGACCAGCAUUAGGUUCCAGACCAAAGGUCCGUUUGGAUCCAGGAAGCCCACUAGUGGCUAUCUGGUAGGCAGCCACUAGAGGCAGAUUUAGAGCUGCAAUGUAAGUUUUUUACUUUUCUGCACUAAGGGCAAUAGGGAUACUGCACCCAGACCACUUCAAUUAGUUGAAGUGGUCUGGGUGCCUAUAGUGUCCCUUUCACCCGUUAAGGACACAUGAGAUGUGUGACAUGUCAUGAUUCCCUUUUAUUCCAGGAAGUUUGGUCCUUAAGGGGUUAAGGGCGUAUGCACGGCAGUUGCCCCACUCUUCCCGUCCAAUGCUUUUCAUAAGAAACAUUCAAGCUUCUCUGUGACAUUUAAAACCGAAGCUGUUAAGAAGGAAGGGACUCUAGUGGCUGUCUGCCUGAUAUUCACAAGAGACUUGUUCUCAGACAAAUGUAAACGUCAUUGCUUCUCAGUAAAAGUAAUGGUUUUCAUUGUCAAAUUAAAGGAACUACAGCUAUGCACCAAAACCACAACAUUAAGAUGUAGUAGUUUUGCUUCGUAGAGUAUCUCUUUAAUUGCUUAUAAAGCUGUAUUUUAUAUGCAAAGCUUCCACUUACAUUCUGAAUCUCCACACGUACCUUCCUGUUACACAAAAAGCUUUCACAUAUAAUUGACACACAAUGUACCCAUAUCAAUUACACACUGAAACUUUCCUUACACUCUGUCUAUAGCAGGGGUAGUCAACCUUUUUCUACCUACCGCCCACUAAUGCAUCUUUCUUGAUGGAAACAUUUCCUUACCGCCCACCAGUUUUCGUGCGGAAUAUUUUUUAGAAAGGAGGGUGUUUUUGAAAAUAAAAUAAAUGUACGUACAUUUAUCUUUUUAUUUCUACUUUAUCCAUGUUUAUAAUGUUUUUAACUUUAUAAAGUUUAAUGAGAAAACAAUAAAGUAAAUUGAAAUUACCUUUACUAGUGAUUAAUGAGGUCCUUGAGGUUGAUGCUGCGAGACUAAAUAUUAUCUGGUUCGAUUUUCGUAAGGUGGAUGAGGGGCUGUGAGGUGGGUAGGUGUUCUGUAAGCUGGGUAGGGGGGCUGUAUGGUGGGUAGGGAUUCUGUAUGGUGGGGAGGGGGACUGUGAGUUGGUAUGGGGGCUGUGAGGUGGGUAGAGGGGAUGUGAGGUGGGUACGGGGACUGUGAGGUGGGUACGGGGGCUGUGAGGUGAGUACGGGGGCUGUAUAGUAGGUAGGGGGACUGCGAGGUGGAUAGGGGGACUGUGAGGUGGAUAGGGAGACUGUAUAGUGGGUAGGGGGACUGUAAGGUGAAUAAGGGGCUGUAUAGUGGGUAGGGGGCAGUAUAGUGGGUAGGGGAGCUGUAUAGUGGGAUGGGGGGGCUCAAUAAUGGGUAGGGGGCUGUAUAGUGGGUGGGGACUGUGAGGUGAAUAGGGGGCUGUAUAGUGGUUAGGGGGCUGUGGGGGUGGGUAGGGGAAUAGGGGGGCUCUAUAGUGGGUAGGGGGGCUGUGAAGUGGGUAGGGGGGCUGUAUAGUGGGUAGGGGGCAUUUGAAUGGUGGAAAGGGGGUUGUAAAAAGGUAAAUACCUUUUAGUUUCCUCUUGGUCCGGUGGCAGCUCUCCAGAAACGUGUGUGGGACGGGGCUUGUUUACAGGAGGCAGAGCUUCUGUUAGGAGGCAGGGCAUGCGGCCGAAAUUAUUUUAGAGUGUGCAGGGAGACUGAGUGGUCUCCCUGUGGCCGCUGGCAGCCACACCAUCCCCCAGCUCCUCCCUCCCCUCGGACUGACAGGCUGGCAAAGUCCGAGGGGAGGAUUAAUCAUAAUGAUCAUUAGGGCUGUCAGCCCAGCCCCAGCUUGCUGUGUCCGGCCCAGCCACCCACUCUCUCAAACAGAGGAUUUAGCUGCCGAAAUCCCUACCGCCCACUUGGAAUCCUGAAACACCCAUUAGUGGGCAGUAGGGACCAGGUUGACGACCCAUGGUCUAUAGGCAACCAGACCACUUCAUCUCAUUGAGUGCAGUGUCCCUGUCUCCUUAGCACUGCGGCUGAAACCAUUGCAGUUUCAGAAAACCAAAUUUUGGCAGUUCAUUGAAAUUUUGCCAAUAUUUCCGGUUCAGGAUUUCCAAACAGACAAAUGGAAUGCGAUAAUCAUCUCCAAAUCGAUCAAUGGUUAAGAUAAGUAGAUAACUCACUAGUUUGGUACCCUUUUGUGGCAAUGCCAUAUUUAAGGAUACCCGUUUAUGGAGAGAGCUGUGUUUAGUAGAUAGAUCCCGUAUUAUGGCAAUCCUAUAUAAGGGUACUAAAGUAGGGCGCUAUCUAAUAAGAAGUUGAAAGAUCAAGGUUAAGAAAAGCAAUGUGAUAUUUAUUUCCUGAUAUAUGACUUGCAAGUUAUUGACUAGCUGAAUAAAAUUUUUUUAAAAAUUCAGAUAGGUUUGCUUUAAUUAAAAAAAAAAAUAACAAAAAAUUGCUUUUAAUCUGCUUUAAUUUAAAAAAAAUAGCUGCAAACUGGGUAUGUUUAUGUUACUCACGAAUAUGGAUUGUCGGAAUUUAUCAGCGCAGUACUAUGUAAUCGAUAACCUGAUCUGGAUUUGUAUUCUCUUUUCUACUAAUUGGGGGAAGGGGAUACUGGAAGAUUUGUGCUAGAAUGCUACGUGACCGCAGCAAAACAUCCCACGAAGGUCAUCAGUCAGUGCGAGUCUGCAGUCUGCAGCCUGUGUACAAUUCCUUGUAUUCUGAUGGUAACAACCUGCCUAUACUCCAAUUAUGUAAGGAAGGAAACUUUCACUUUAGGGGGUGGGUCUGGAGUUCUGACCAGAGGCAGGGUAAUUCCCGUUAUGACUUAUUAAUAACCGUUUAUAAAACAGAAGACGUCAGCUAGAACAAGACCUUAGACUAAUUUGCAAACACAUUUUAUAGUUUAAUUACACAUUAAUAUAUUGAAAUAAACCAACCUUGGAAUAGAGGCGUCUGAUUCCACACUGACUGCUCCUUAAAAUUGUAGUGUUAGAUCUUUUUGCAAACUAAGGUGGCGAGGUUUGCCAACUCCUGACAGCUUGGCUCCAGACGGUUUCAUAUUUUAAUACCUGUGUAAUGAUUAUUUGCGUAUUACCAGAAAGGAAAAGAGAGACUCCUAAAUAGGAGCAAUCGGGAUGUUUGUUCCUGUAUUUCUGCACAUUAAAUGGGAAGUUUAGCCACCAUAACCACUACAUGCUGAUGUAGUGGUUAUGGUUCCAAUAGGCUGCAGUCAGCGUUCAUCAUUUCUUGGACAAACUAUUUUUUCGAGUUGUUGGAUCAAAGCUGUGGUUUCCCAAGGCACCCGCCACCUUCCCAACAGAAUCAAUUUAAUAUAUAAAUAUAUUUACUUUAUUAAUCGCUCGCUGUUUUCAAUGCAGCUAUUUUGUUCUGAAAUUUCAAAUUUCAAAUCUUAAGUGAAUAACCCUGUGAAUAAACGUUUAAACGUCUCUCUUUAAUGUGAUAAAUCACGUCUAUAGAAAUGAUCAAUAUAUAUUUCAUACAAAAUGUUUAUAUAUUGAAAUAUACGUUGUAUAGUCAGUUAUGAAUAAUAUUUCAACAUUGUUAUAUUGUGCUAGAAGUCUUUCAAUAAAAAGUUAUUUAAAAUUAAAAUUGAAAAGAAACAUGAUUAUUCACUAAACUUCAAAUUGUUGGGGAUAACAAACUGUGGGUAGAAAUAAUCCAAUAUUAUUACACACACUGCAGGUCACAAUUAAAGGGAAACUAUUGGCUAGGAAUACAAGAUUAUAGUGCCAUCCUUGCUCAUGUGAACCCCAUACCCCCUCUGGAGCGCAUAACCCUUUUGUCACUUACCCGAAUCCAGCCCCUAAAGCACAUGCGUGGCUGGUAGACAGCCACUAGAGGUGGAGUUACCCGGCAAUGUAAUUACAGUUGCAGGGUUAAACUGACAGGGUAACUGCACCCAGACCACUUCAAUGAGAUAAAGUGGUCUGGGUGCCUAUAGUGUCCCUUUAAGAGAUCUGUAUCACAGCCACAGAAAAGUUGUCCAUUGACACCCAAAUACCUUUUAAGACAAUGAUUUAAUUCAAUUUACGACUUCAUAAAACUUAAAACACUUUAACGAAGACAGUAAGUAAAUAGAUUUUGUUGAUUCUGCCAAGCUAUAAAAUCUAGUAUGUGCUAACUCAAACAAUAGAGUGACUUCCAUCUGGUGAAUAAGAAGAAUAAAAAUCUCUUGUUAGAGACAUAAAAAUAGUGCUCGGUAUUGAAUGGUCUCACUCAAAUUAAGUUUGAAUGGUCUAUAGCUGCACCAUUAUAGUUGUGUCAAAAUGUUGCAAUUUGAAUUUGAUUUCACUACAAUUUGGAGUAUAGAGAAUAAACCCCAAACAGAGAACAAUUGUGUUUUUGAUUAUUUUUCUCAAUGCUAAUUUAUCUUUUUUACAGCUCAAUAUCUUGGUAGACACUGGUAGCAGUAACUUUGCAGUUGGCGCUGCCCCUCACCCUUUCCUAAAGCGAUAUUACCAUCGACAAAGGUAAGUGAAAAAUCUCAGAAUGCGUUGCACACAAAAAGCGAAACGCGUCAUACUGUAUUUGUUUGCUGGGCAGUUGACAAGCUGAAGUUUUUUUAGGAAUUUUGAGUGUUCCCUGCCUGCACUUGAUGUUAUGAGAAGGAGAAGGAAAGUUUGGAAAACGUGUUUCCUCCUGGUUAGUAAACGGUCCACGAGACGCUCAUUUCCAUUUAAUAAUCUCUAAUCCCACAGCAGGAGAACUGACUCAAAGUCUAGAUCCCACCAGGUUGAUACUAGGGUAAGGGCUAUGUUGGAUGGAGGUAAAAAGAAGGAAAAUGAUAUGACGUCUUAAUAGCAGCAAAGGAUAUAGAGUUUUUUUGUUUUGGUGGAGCGCGUUAACGAAGGUGCUUUUACAUGCAAACUUGUGCAAACAUAUACCUAAAUAUUAAUAAUAAAUUAUUGGUUUGAUCAUGUUUUUGGAAUGCACUUUAAUUAUUGACAAUUUAUAUAUGUUUACACUGAUCUGCAUGGAGAAGUACUUUUGCUUUAACAUUUAUGAAUUAUUGAUGUGAUGAAAUCUUUGGACUGCACGCUAUAUGUUGACACACACACACAUAUAUAUAUGUGUAUAUUUUCAAGCGCCUUAUAACACGUGUCAACCCCUGCCCCUUUUUUGCUACACAGGAUAUAGCGUGUUUGUAGCAUGAAAUCUUAUAAGGUUACAUGUGUUUAUGCUGAAUAUGUAUGUGAUGUUAGUCCAAAUGGUAUAAUGAUGAUAAUUUAUUUGAGUAAUGAGCACAUUAGAUGUUGUGGGGUGUAUGGAUGCAGUGAGCUGGUGCGGAGCAUUGCAGAACUUACAGAGAUGAAUGUUGUACAAUGUACAGAGUUUGGAAACUGCAUUGCAAAUAGGAAACAUCAUUUCAACCCUGCUUUCCUUUGGUUGGAGAAGGUGUUUUAACUUGGGAUGGGUGAAUGUAGAGGUGGUAGUAGGAAUGGAUGUAUGGAGGGUUGGAUGGAUGGAGAGAGAGAGGGAGGGAUGGAAGGAUGGAUUGAAAGAUGGAGGGAGGGGAAGGAUGGAGGAAGGGUUGGAUUGAUGGAUGGAUGGCAGAGCGGGUGAAAGGAUGAAGGGAUGAAAGUAUGGAGGGAUUGAAGAAUGGAGGAAUUGUAAGGUUAAGGGAAUGAAGGAAGGGUUGGAUGGAGGAAAGGAUGGAUGGAGAAAUGGUUGGAUUGAAUUGAUGAUGGAACGAAGGAAGUUUGGAUGGAUGGAUGGAUGGAUGAAUGGAGAGGGUGAUGGAGAUAGGGUUGAAUUGAAUAGAUGGAUGGAAGGAUGAAGGGAUGGAAGAAGGUUUGGAUUGAAUAGAUAGAAGGAAGGGUGGAGGAAGGGAAGGAAAGGAUGGAAUGUUGGAGCGAUGGUGGGAGAGUUGGAGGGAGGAAGGGAUGGAUGGAAAAAUGUUUGGAUUGAAUUGAUGAUGGAAGGAGGGAAGUUUGGAUGGAUGAAUGGAAGGAGGGAGCGAGGGAGGGAAGAAGAGUUGGAUUGAAUAGAUGGAUGGAGGGAUGGAAGAAGAGUUGGAUUGAAUGGAUGGAUGGAAGAGUGGAGGGAUGGAAUGUUGGAAGGAUGGUGGAAGGGUUGGAUUGAACAGAUAGAUGCAGGGAGGUUUGGAUGGAUGGAGAAUUGUAGAAUGGGUGGAUUGAAAAGAUGGAUGGAGGGAGGUUUGGAUGGAUGGAUGGAUUCAAUAGAUGGAGGGAGGUUUGAAUGGAUGGAUGGUUCGAUGGUGGAUUGAAUAGAUGUCUGGAUGGAGGAACGUUUGGAUGGAUGGAUGGAUUGAAUAGAUGGCUGGAGGGAUAUUUGGAUGGAUCGAUGGAUCGAUGGUGGAUUGAACAGAUGGAUGGAUGGAGGAACGUUUGGAUGGAUGGAUGGAGGGACAUUUGGAUGGAUGGAUUCAAUAGAUGGAUGGAGGGACAUUUGGAUGGAUGACUGGAUGGAUCGAUGGUGGAUUGAAUAGAUGGAUGGAUGGAGGGAGGUUUGGAUGGAUGGAUGGAUCGAUGGUGGAUUGAAUAAAUGGAUGGAUGGAGGCACAUUUGGAUGGAUGGAUUCAAUAGAUGGAUGGAGGGAGGUUUGGAUGGAUGGAUCAAUGGUGGAUUAAAUAAAUGGAUGGAUGGAGGGACAUUUGGAUGGAUGGAUGAAUUCAAUAGAUGGAUGGAGGGAGGUUUGGAUGAAUGGAUCUGUGGUGGAUUUAAUAGAUGGAUGGAUGGAGGGAGGAUUGGAUGGAUGGAUGGAUGGAGGGAGGUUUUGAGAUUAGGAUGGAUUGAAUAGAUGGAUUGAUUGAAAUUUCUUCCCCAUUUUUUACUUUAAAAAAACAUCUCCCAUUGCUCCUUGGCCAACUAGGGUUAGAGCCAGAUUGCUAUCAAUGCUGCUUUUAUUGUAAGUUUCUAGUGAUAACGAAUGUAAGUCGCUCGCAGCUAUUGUCUUUGGCAAGGCAGAGGUUAACACUCCAGUAGUGUGAUAGAGAGAGACAGAGGGCCGGUAACCACAGAAACUGUAACAUAUAGCAGCUGGUGAGAGAGUACUGCUGGGAGAACGCAAUUUAUUCAACAUGCAAGGCCAAUAAUAAUCUUUUUUUAUCUCCCAAUUAGGACACGAGCCAAUCAUUCACGUCCAUGUUUGUUCCUUGUCUCCCUGAUAUGCUGUCACGGGGGGAAAAGAAUAAAACAUAGUGUUUAGAUUUUGUUAUAAAUCCGUAUGGUGAUGUUUUUUUCUGAGUUUUUUUUCAUUUAUCAUUUGGACUUACAGCUCUAUCUCUUACCACAUCAGGUGUUCUGUUUGUAAUUUUAAGACUCCAGAGGCUUUAGCAUGUUUUUAUCUAAAUUGUGUAUUUUAAUGUGUUUAGAGUUAUGUUAAAUGCUUGCCAAGACUCCCAGAUCUGUCUGGACAGUCCUGAUUUUGAACCCCUGUUAUGGUACUUUCUCUGGUGGUCCAAUUUUAGGCUGUGAAAACACACAUUUUGUUACCCUUGUUUGAACCACAAGGGAUGGGAUUUAAAUUGUACUUGUCAUGGUACUGGACACAUUACAUUAGAUGACAAAAAACUAAAAAAAAAAUAACAUUUUGAUUUGGAAAAAAUUAUGGCCCAUCCCUCACCUGCUAAGUUAUUGUCGGCAUAAUAGCCUGUGGUACUCAUAAGUAAAUUAAAUGUACUUUAUUUACUUGUAAGUCCCGUAAACAGUGAAUUUUGGUAUAUUCAAAUGGCUGUUCUGUACACAGGAUGUCAGACCGUGUGUAGCAACUUUAUAUAUACAGUGUAGGGUUUAUCCACUAAUAUUCUUAAUAAAAGUGUUUUUUAAAAUUUUUAUUUAAAUGUAAAGGGCUACUCCAAGCACCAUAACCACUUCAAUGUUAUUAAGGUCGUGGUGAAAAGACCCUGUAUGUGCUGUAUGUGCAGUAUUUUAGUGAGAAACACUGCACAUGCUUUAAUAUUGUAUAUCAAUGCCCUCCAGUAGUUUUCAUUAGCCAGCUAACGCUCAUUUGACUCUCUCGGCCAAUGAAGGAAAGGCAGAACUGAAGAAACUGGAUAUCUAUUAGCUGAUAUUCUUGUAGGCUUGGCAACCGGUGUUCUAUCAAAAUCCCCCACCCAGUGAAAAUUGUCUUACCGAUGUGGGGCGCCUGCUCCCUACUAGAAGGGAGGUGCGGAAUCCUCACUGGGUGCCAUGUGCGUGCCCAGCAUGCACUAUGGUGCAUGUGUGCAUGCGCAGACAGAGCUGUGUGCACCUGAUGUAUACUUUGCAUGUGCGGUAUCGGGGUAGUGUUUUCCUUUAAAACAUUUUUUAUUUUUUGCACUGCAUAUGAGUAGUACAAACAGGCCUGAGCUACCCCAACAGCAAUCCUCAGGCUUUGCAAAACAUUGGAUAAGGCAUGCACAUUUUUAUGUUAUGAACAGGAGAUAUAUGGGGUAGUACAAUUCCUAGGUAGGUCUAUCCAGCUGAAAAUCAUGGUACAGGUUAGGUGCAGGCGUAUAUAGGAGACUUGCUAGAUUGGGUAACGUACACAAAGAUUAGAAUAUAAUACAAGACUGUGUUAGCGUUAAACAUGUUAGACGCACAUGGAGGGCAGUCGUCCUAAAUAGAUUGCUAAACAAUAACAUGUACAAGUAAGUUGCGGGGUAGUGUUUUCUAGUGUGCAGUAUAGGGAAGGGAAUUCUGAUGCUGCUACCGCGCAUGUUCUGGGAUUUUGAUAGAACAUCGGCAGAACUAAACCAUGUGGCAAAACGGUUUGCCCCUUAAUGGGAAUGCACUAGAGUACAGAGUACUCCUGUAGUGGUUAUGGUGCGCAGAGUAACAGUUUAAAAUGUUUUUUAAUACAAGAGGGUGAGGGGGUACUUUCCGAAUUUUCAUUGCCUUGAGAUAAAUGAGAAAUAAGCCUGGCCAUGGGGGUGGGAGACAUGAGGGCACACAUAAGUUUAGCUCCUAAAAGAUAUUUAUAGCUUGAUAAAUAAUACACUUGUUGCUUUAAGAGCUGUCAUCUGUUAAGGUGAACCUGUAUAGUGUUAACCCAGGCUUCUUGUAGCACAACUUGAUAUCAUUUUGGAGAAUUCAGGACUUACAUUUUUUUAGUCCAAACUCCAGUAAAUACAAACGGCAUUCAAAACGUUUAACUGAGACUGAAUAUAAUAGACAGGUUUACAAUGCAGACAGUUUAGAUUGACGUGCUUUCUGUUUCUGUUUAUUUUGCAGGUCCCGAACAUAUCGAGAUGUCCGAAAAGGGGUGUAUGUUCCUUACACUCAGGGAAAGUGGGAAGGGGAGUUGGGCACAGAUUUGGUGACUAUCCCACACGGCCCAAAUGUCACCGUCGUGGCGAAUAUUGCGUCUAUCACUGACUCUGACAAAUUCUUCAUCAACGGGUCCAACUGGGAGGGGAUCCUGGGACUGGCAUACUCAGAGAUUGCAAGAGUGAGAAAACUCAGUGUUGACAUUUUCUGUAAUAGUAUAAACGUCAUUUGCAUGAGAUAAUCCACUUUAAGGCUUUCUUAGUGUGAUAAGAAUCUCCUAAUCAAUGAUACAUAUUGAUCUCAAAAUUGAGACAGAAUAGAUUCGAGACCAGUGGCUAACAAGUGAUAUUUUGUUACAUGUACGAUUAGUUUCAAACAAUAUCAAUCCUGUAAUUAGCACAUUUCCUGUUAUUGUUAAAGGGGCAAGAAACUAAAAAUGUUACAUUUAUACUGCAACAUCUUACGGCAUAAUGCAGUCAAAGCAUUAUGGGAGAUUUAGUCCACAUCAGGAGUUCUGAAGGAUGCCUACUCCUGGUUUAGCACUUGAUAGGUACCACGAAAGUCUGAAAGGUCCUCUAUUUACUAAAAUGUCAGUGCUGAUUUCCUACUAGAUGUGACAAUGUAUAGAAUAAAAUGUAGAAAGUAAUCCAGGCACUCCAAAGUACAACGUUUCGACCCUCAGGUCUUUGUCAAGCUUGUACAUUGGUGCUUGGGUCCAAUAAAAUUGCCUAUUUUUGGAAGACUUUUGGAGUGCCUGGAUUACUUUCUACAUUUAAAUUCUACAUUUGGUCCUUCUUGGUACUUGGACCGGUCUGGUCAGCACCCAAGGAUUCCUGAGAGGGUUUGAGUGUGGUUCCACUACCUAUAAAUGUAUAGAAUGAAACACUUUAUUUCGAAGUUUAGCAAUAUAGUAGAUUUGUUGGAUUCUGAACAUAUUUUUGAAAUAUAGGUGGUAAAAGGAGAAAUGUUUAUUUGUUUAUUUUUUUAUUGUCUUUUUAAUAUUGUUAAAUUUACUGGUGGUUUAAUCAAUCUCACACGUAGACAUUAGACACACCAGGUUUUCUUUCUUAUUUUGCAUGUUUAACCCCUUAAGGACACAUGACGGAAAUAUUCCACCAUGAUUCCCUUUUAUUCCAGAAGGUGUGUCCUUAAGGAGUUAAUGGUGUCAAUAGAGUAAUCUGUAAAUAGACCUACAGACUGUGACACUGGAAAACCGAACAUCUGUUCCCUGAAUAAUUAACAUCUACCUUCAUUCCUGAUCAUUUCCUUUAUCCAUGACUUUCUUUUUUAUUUUUUCUCUUUUUUUUUUUUCUGCACAUAUAGCAGUACAAGUUCGCCUUGCCACAACAGCAUUGGCAUGCGUAAGAAUUACAUAUAAUCGAGAACGGUGUGGCUUCCAGGAUACACAUUUAUUGAAAUUUUUGUAGGACGCUAUGCAUUAGUUAUAGUCAGAAGAAAAACUAGAAGGCAUGUGUUAGACGUAACGUCUGACUGUGUUUGUGUUAUAACAUGAGGUGUAAGAGACAGGCGAGUAAUUAAGUAGAAUUCUGUGUAACAUGCUAGAUAGUGAGAGGACAGGCUGCAUCGAAAUAGCAUGAGAGUGUGUCAUAGAUCAUUUGCAGGACAGCACUGUUAGCCUAAAAGAAACAUAGCUAUAAAACAUGAAAGAAAAUAAAGGAGCUACAAAUAUAACAAGAGUUAGUGACCACUGGAUUGCCUGGUAAUACAUGACUGUCAACAUAUUAAGUAGGUACUGCUAGCACUGCGUGCGUACUGUGAGCGUUUCUGAGGGCUGCUUAGCUGAUGCCGAGAGGUGGGAGGCUGCAGACGCAUAAUAGUAAGAGUUCAUCUAGCCUCGUGUAGGGGCUCCGCCAUUGAUGGUUGCCGAUGGGCUCUUGUGUCUUCCUGCCAGGGCUUUGGUAGGUACCAUCACCCGGCUCAGGGCUUCUGGGUCUUUUCGGUGAACAUGGCCGACCUCUCUGAGCGGGAACCCUUCUCCAGCGCGACUUGCGCGCAUAGUUGCGGCCCCAUCCAGAGUGCUUUGCUUUGUAGCUGCUGCAGAGUGGCUUGUUAGAAUGUCGGAGUUGAUGCAUAGGCCGCAGGCCCCGUGUCUCCCUCUUCCCUUUCAAGACUUUGCAUUAUGUGCACUUUGGAUGCUUCAUCGCGUCUUUUCUUGUGACAGGCCUGGGCUAGACCUGGUGAGGCAUUUGCUUGUCUGCUUGCUAUUUUGGCCCAGAAUCGGGCACAAAUUCUGUCGAAUGCGUGCAUCCAUGGGUCUACACCCAGAGGCUUCUGUUGGUAGGCUUGUGUCGGAGCACCCCUUAUAGAGGCAGCCAUCUUGCCUAGUAGGCAGCAGUCUCCGGCGUGCGGAUAAUUUAUAAAUUCCACAAGAGUAAGUAAGGGGGCUCACCAGUAGGGACCGAGAUAACCCCCACCGGUCGGGGGGGUAGCAUUAUUUCGGUGUCUCACAGAAAGCUGAAGAGCGAGGAGAGCGGCCGCCUCUCCCUGACUCUGUCACAAGCAGGCCUCAAAUCAUCGUGUCAGGCUAUCGGUGUCAGAAAGUUGCUUGUGAGGUAUCGUGAGGACCGCUCGGUUUGUCAGUGCCAAAUGUGAGAGCCAACACAGCAUGCGUCUGGUCCGCUCAGGAAUGUCAGGCUCCGCCCCCUUGUCCAUAUCGUUCUUCUGUCGACUAUGUACUCAAAUGUAUGUCGAUAUGUGCAGUUCUCAACCAUUACAGUUGUUUGUCUGUGUUUUAUUUGUUUUUUGUUUUAUUUGUCUGUGUUUUAUAUUUUCCAUUCCCUUGUCUUUGUUCUCACAUUUCUUAUUUUUUUUUAGUAAAUUGAGGAUUGUGGAGAAUUGACAAGGGAAACACAAAAAUAUACUAAAGUAACAGAAAUUUAAUAAUUCUCAAACUCCACUCAGGGUGAUUCUCUCAACUGUGAAUUGUCGGAAAUGAAAAUUAGAUUUUUUUUGUCCGGCGUUGAUACAUUGGAUACAUUCUCCAAGUCACCUAUGUUAUCAGUUUGGUUAUUUAUGUUAAUUUGAACUUAAUUUAUAGUUACUUUUUUAUAUAUGCUAUUUUGACCUAUUCUUUUGUCGAUUCCCCACAUUUGCAGUUUAGCAAAUAAACCAAUCUGCCUGUUCCUUGGAACUUACUCAUUUCUGUUAUCUGUACCCAGCCUGAUGACUCGCUAGAACCGUUCUUCGAUUCACUUGUAAAGCAGACUCGAGUCCACAACAUCUUCUCACUGCAGUUGUGUGGAGCGGGGUUUCCCAUUAAUGAAAGCAACAUGACUGCCUCUGUCGGGGGUAGCAUGGUAAGUGCGUAAGCUGCAAGCUUUACCUCUUGGCAGAUAUAUAUUUACAGAGACGUAAUCCAAAUGGCACUUUUAUAAAGUAACCUGGUUAUACCCCUCUGGCUGUCAAUCAGACAACAGGUCCUGUUACUUCCUGGUUUGGCUAGCUCAGUGGAGCUACACUAAAGAGGUAACAAUUGCCCAGAGCACCUGCCUUGCAGAGACGUCUCAUUAAAUUACAUUGGACUGUCUGUGAUUGGACAGCCACAGAAAGUCUGGGCGGGGUUAGAAGGGGAGGGCUUACAAAGGCUACAGAGAAGAGAUCUACAGAUUUUGCAAGCUAUUUUUAGGUUUACACCCAAUGAAAAAAUAAUUAAAUAUAUGUAUGUUUUCAUUGGGGGUUUAUCUACUAAACUUUGUUUUUUGUUUGGUUUUUAAAAUAAUCAUCAGUCACAUUUUUCUUGCCACUAGGUGGCAGUAUCAUAACAUAUUACUGAAAUUCUAAUUGAAUUUGACAAAACAUUAGCUUGAUUAAUAUGGAGACUGACACUUUAUUGGAGUUUACACUAUUGAAUAAAACAAAAAUCACAUCUAACUUGUUUUAACUUUUUUUUUUUUUUCAAGUGAUACUCUUUAUACUUUAAGAUUUAUAUUGAGAUUUAAAAUAUUUAGAUUUAGCAAGCCAGUCCAGUUAGAAAUUGAAAUGUAGAGACAAAAUAUAAACAUUGUUUCCUUUCUUCUCUUCUCUGUAUGCUUUUUGUGUGGUGACUGCUUAGCGCAAAUGACAGCGUUCAUAACAAUACAGAUUAAAGAACAGUACAUGCACAGACAUACAUUUCUAACUUCUAUCAGGCUACUUAGAAUCACCUAUUUAAGAAAAUAAAUAUGGGAAUUCAGUUCCACCAUAAGGCCAUAUUGUGUUAAGCCCUCCACUACUUCACAGUACCCCAAUAUGGGUGGGUCCUAUACUAAUUCCAAUGUGGGAGACAAAUUGAAUAGUGCUAGUGCUAAAUAAGUGUAUUAAAAAAAUCUGUUGUAAGAGCAUUGUGAAUAUAUAUAAUGCAAUCUUAGUGUGAUAAACACAAUUUAAAAAAAAUGCUGUGUCAAAACUAAACAAUUAAAGUUAUACAUCACAUUACUAUCCAAAAAUCAUCUCAAAUUUAUAUCUCCCUGUGGUCACCUCCAAAGGGGUCUCUGAAGCUGGGGUCCUGGUGGGGUGCAUAUUCCGGGUGUGCACCCAAUUCAUUUUUGUCUUUUUUAAUACAAAGUAUAUAAAUACCAUUUAGUGCUGAAUAUUGUAUUCUUAUACUACAUGAUCUGCCAGCUAUUUUGUUUGUGUGUACUGUUCAUACUGUGUGUAAGAGGAUGUCUUACUCUGUCUGUACUGUUCAUACUGUGUAAGAGGAUGCCUUGCUCUGUCUGUACUGUUCAUUCUGUGUAUAAGAGGAUGCCUUACUCUGUCUGUACGGUUCAUACUGUGUAAGAGGAUGCCUUGCUCUGUCUGUACUGUUCAUACUGUGUGUAAGAGGAUGCCUUACUCUGUCUGUACUGUUCAUACUGUGUAAGAGGAUGCCUUACUCUGUCUGUACGGUUCAUACUGUGUAAGAGGAUGCCUUACUCUGUCUGUACUGUUCAUACUGUGUGUAAGAGGAUGCCUUACUCUGUCUGUAUUGUUCAUACUGUGUAAGAGGAUGCCUUGCUCUGUCUGUACUGUUCAUACUGUGUGUAAGAGGAUGCCUUACUCUGUCUGUACUGUUCAUACUGUGUGUAAGAGGAUGCCUUACUCUGUCUGUAUUGUUCAUACUGUGUAAGAGGAUGCCUUGCUCUGUCUGUACUGUUCGUACUGUGUGUAAGAGGAUGCCUUACUCUGUUUGUACUGUUCAUACUGUGUAAGAGGAUGCCUUACUCUGUCUGUACUGUUCAUUCUGUGUAAGAGGAUGUCUUACUCUGUCUGUACUGUUCAUUCUGUGUAUAAGAGGAUGCCUUGCUCUGUCUGUACUGUUCAUUCUGUGUAUAAGAGGAUGCCUUGCUCUGUCUGUACUGUUCAUUCUGUGUAUAAGAGGAUGCCUUACUCUGUCUGUACUGUUCAUACUGUGUAAGAGGAUGCCUUGCUCUGUCUGUACUGUUCAUACUGUGUGUAAGAUGAUGCCUUUCUCUGUUUGUAUUGUCACUGUUCACAUUACGUGUUCAAAAUACUACCUUAAUACAGUAUGUUAUCACUGUUUAUACGUCAACGUUCAUACUUUAUUGAAAAAAGUCCCAUUUCUAUGUAAAUAUCUAAAAUGACAUUGACACACCCAGAAUGUUCACAUGUGCUGCUCUCUACAGGUAAUCGGUGGGAUUGACAGCUCACUGUACACGGGCAGUAUCUGGUACACACCAAUCAGAAAGGAGUGGUACUAUGAGGUCAUCAUUGUAAAAAUUGAGAUCAAUGGACAGGAUCUUAGCAUGGACUGUAAGGAGGUGAGAUAGAACGUGAUCACCAUAAGUUAUAAUUGACGUAGUAUGACAAACAGUUUAAUGGGAAUGCUACAAAAUGUGAUACUACAUGUAUUAGUCAUAUAUUCAGUUUUCCAGAUUCGCCAUGUUUUUCUUGACCCAUGUUUUAUUCCGUGGGCUGUUGGUCAGCAUAGGAAAAGUGUUGGCGUUUAUUUUGUAGAAUUCAUAAACCGCAGAGGGGAAGUAAAUUACCUAAUCCAGGAGAGAUCAUGGAGCUUAGUUCUUAGAUAGGUCAAUUGAUUUCCCUCAUGCAGCUCAGAAAAUCAACAAACCACAGGGAAACACUUUUCAUGUACUGCACAUCAGCAUACCUGGCAAGUGGCAACCCUGUUAUAGAUACAAAGAUCAUAUACUGGAUUGAAAGCGGAUUCCUGUCGGUGACACACUCACAAAAGCUACACAGACAGGGACUGAUCAAAGCAUUUUUAAGCAUAGCAUCCUUGUAAAUCACAACUCCAGUUGUCAAUGGCAGGUUUACUUGCUAUAUUAUAUUUUAGACAAUAUUUGACGUCUCACUACGUCACAACCAGCACGCCAUAUUCAAGAGCAAUUGAUUAUUUUAGGAUACAUGAAUCUACUGUUGUUGGGCAGUAGAUAACUUGUGUUAAAACGAUAGGUGUGUGGAUCUGUUCUGCAAAUCUUUUGAUGGUUGACCUUUAAAAAUCCCAUGUGUUAAUGCAAUACAUCGUAGUAAAAUAUUCUUUACGUGUUUUGUUGGAAUUGUAUAGCUGCAGCUUCAGUUCUAGUAGAUUCCAAAUACUUGUUCUGCAGAAGCAGAAACCUAGUUAAGAAAACAGUUUUUUUCUUUGAAGCUACUGUUCCAUGUCAAAAUAAUGAGAGUGCGUCAACAGGCUAAGCCAACAAAAGCAAGCUGGUCUGUUUGGACAUUGUUUCGUCAAUAGUUAAAUGCGAGACUUUAAUUUCUUUGAAAAUGUUCCACGUUCCCUCACUGCUGUAAACAUGAUUGAACUCCAACUAAAAUGUAUUUGGGUCUCCAAAAUAUGAUUGGGGAACUAGAUACAGUCCCUAAUGUGAUAAUUAGUUAUAAACCAGUCAUUACAAUAGCAGCGUUAAAGACUUUUAAAUAAAAUGGUUCUAGAGGGGAAAAAAAUACAAUUAUCCCAAAAGUGAGUUACUCAUGCAACAUACUUUGAGCAUUUGAAUCCAUCCUUCCAACAUGCUAGGGGUUUCAUAUUUGCUAUGUUUUCUCAAACACAUGAUUUCUACUUGUUGAUGAAGUUUUUUAGGAAGGUAAUUGAAACAUUAAAGGAAUUCUCUAGUGCCAGGAAAACAAACCCUUUUUCCUGGCACUGCAGAACCCUGCAGUGCCCCUCUCCCUCCUGCCCUCCAUACCACGUCGCUGAAGGGGGUAAAACCCCUUCAGACCCUUACCUGAAUCCAGCGCUGAUGUCCCUCGGCACUGGGUCAGGCACCGCCCACGCUCCUCCUCCUGCCGUCAGCCAGCGGGAGAGACCUAAUGUGCAUGCGUGGCAAUGGCGCAUAAGGAUCUCCUGAUAGGAAAGCAUUAUUCAAUGUUUUACUAUGGGGAUUCCGGCGACGCUGGAGGUCCUCAUGCAUAGCGUGAGGACGUCCAGCGUUGUGUAGACCAAAAGUCGUCUAAGAAUCUGACAGACAGCCACUAGAGGGGGUCUUAACCCUGCAAGGUGAUUAUUGGAGCUUAUAAAAAAAAAAAAUUCAAUAAUUACACUUGCAGGGUUAAGAGAGAUGGGAGUUGGCACCCAGACCACGUCAAUGAGCUGAAGUGGUCUGGGUGCCUACAGUUUCCCUUUAAAUCAAACCGGAGUACCAAAUAAAACUGCCUUGAUUGGUUAAAUGACUUCCACAUACAGCGCAUGAAUUUCAUAUACUGCAGCAUGGACUGCCCAACAGAGAAAAUACAGAUUCUUGUCCAGACAAACAUGGCGACCCUACCCCCGCCCAGCAUGCCAUUUACAUUAUGUACUACUGUAUUUAUGUUUUUAUGCAAAACUAUAGCCAGACACAAUGUAACUUUACUAGAAUUCAGAGCCUGGAAUGUUAAUGCUGUUUCUGUGGGUGGUAAUAUUGUUUGUGUCUGUUGACAUAGAGAUACCUAUGAAUAUUUUAAUGUAAGGAGAUUUGUUGUGUCGGAGAACAAUAGUGCUUGCAGAAUGUAAUAGUCAAUUUGGAAGAUUAAUAUCAGAAGUAAAAAGAAAAAUAAACACGUGGUGACAUAAUACAUUAGGUUUAAACCCAAACACCCAUCUAAUGUCUCUUUAUUCACAGACAGACAUGUUUUUGUCCUUUUAUUUUUAAUGGACUGGUCUUCUACUAGCUUAAAUAACUUGUUGAGAAGUAACAGACGAUGAGAGGAGCAGAUCCUGUCUUAGAGAAGGUGAAAUUGGCUGUGAUGGAGAAGUGAAUUGUACAAAAAAAUAAUAAAACUAGAUGUGUGGUAUUUAUUACUAGACACAGAGAUAUCUCCUUACAAGAGGGAAAUAGGUUCUAGUAAAGCAAAUAAUCACUGUAGAACAUUUUGACACCAUUCUAGACAAUCGGAUACCAGAGGCCAAAUAAAGAAUCGGUCCCAAAGAAAACUGAUGAAGAGUUAAAUGAAGAGCUAUGGGCUGCUGGUUGUCUUAACUACAUCGAUUUAUGCUGUAUUUUGUUAUUAUUGAGGAAUGUCAUUUUUUUACCCCCGUCUCAUUUUUCAUUCUCAUUUUUCUGUUCAGUAUAAUUAUGAUAAGAGCAUUGUUGACAGUGGUACGACCAACCUCCGCCUGCCGAAGAGAGUGUUUGAAGCUGCUGUGAAAUCAAUUAAAGCCGCAUCGUCAGUAAGUAAGACCACCCAAGAGGAAGGGGAAAAAACUGUCUGGUGUAAUCGGGAAUCUCAAAUGACUGGUUUAUAAUUCUUUAAGGAACAGUCCUUUCUGCCACUUCCUGCCAGAAGCUCUCGGUUCUGAGCUAAGCUGGUAGUGUAGGACUUAGAUCCCCACCUGAUCACAAUCAAGAGAGCCCAGCAGACCCCAGACAAGUAAUCAAACCGUCAACAAAAUUACACUAUUACAUUAAGUAUAUUAUUUAUAAAUGUGUUCUGAUUUUGUUGUAAUAUGGUAGCACUGUUUAAAAUAUUUUUUAUUACAUAGUUACAUAGUAUUCUAAGUGGCGGAAAAAGAGUCCAUCAAGUUCAACCAUGAUGGACUUGAUUCUCUUACAUAUAUAGCAUAUAAUACUGCCUUUUGAAAAAAAGAAAUUGUAUUAUAUUUGUGAAUGGGGUUUUCUGGGUCUCCUUAUUAUGAAGACAUCAUGUUUGUUGUGGUGCGCUGCAUUUUGUGCAUCAAUGUCUAUAAAAAAAUAAUAGUAUUUUAUUUUUGCAAGAGUUCAGCUUUGUCUGUGGUGGUUAAGGGAAAAAUGUGACUGAGUGAUUGGGAAAGAUUUUUAUCCAUUUGGAACAAAAUUGGAUAGUUUUCCUUUCCUUCUCUCCACAGACGGAGAAAUUUCCAGAUGGGUUCUGGCUGGGAGAGCAGUUGGUUUGCUGGCAAGAGGGGACAACCCCAUGGCAUAUAUUUCCUUUCAUCUCCCUUUAUCUAAUGGGCGAGACCAACAACCAGUCUUUCAGGAUCACCAUCCUACCACAGGUUGGCCUACUGAUCUUGUGUGUCCCUGAAGGUACUGUAUUCUCAGUACUGAUGUGGAAGUUUUUGAGUGUCACAAACCUUUUGUUUUCACUGCAUUUUUCCUACCCCAUAUUCUCCAUUCACGUUCUAUCACUCAUCCACUUUCUCUCCUCCUCACCUCUGAGGCAGUAAACAGAGAUGUGUUUUCUAUAUCUCUUUCUCACCAGCAAUACUUGCGUCCCGUGGAGGACAUCGCAACAUCUCAAGAUGACUGCUACAAAUUUGCAAUAUCACAAUCCUCUACGGGCACAGUUAUGGGAGCCGUUAUCAUGGAGGGAUUCUAUGUUGUCUUCGACCGCGCUCAUAGACGGAUUGGGUUUGCAGUCAGCACUUGUCAUGGUGAGAAUCCCACCACUCUUGUCUCAAUCAGAUUUGUAACAGAAAGCAGAGACUGUUAAUAUUUAUAAUUCUGUCUUAGAUCAUUAACAUCAGACAUCUUUACAGCAUCAGUACCGUGUGUAACAAUAUGUACUAGAUGUCCAAAUCUAAAGCCAAAUCGAUUUGUCUGGGAUUUACUCCAUAUAACAUUCCACAGAUGAAUUCUGAGCGAAUCGAUUUGUUGACGUGUGGAUUAAACAAAUUUUGAUUCAGAAGAACCAGAAACGAAUUUUUGCAUAAGUCUCCUAUGUACUCCACUCCUUUGCUGAUAAGCGAGAACCUCAUGCAUAUAGUUGCACCCUACGUGAUACCUCCCAGAUUCCCAUAAUUCAAAGCAUAAGAUUAUGAACAGUGCUUUAAUAAAGUACUUUUUCUAGCAAUAUUUUUUAUCAAUACAUUUCUUUUUUAUUUCUUUUUUAAAAUUUUUUAUUUUUGCCAUGACGGUCAUCAGCAAACAUAUCAGUUACAUUCAAGUGAGCCAAUACACAACAAAAAUAUGCAGUCAAAAUGAGUGUCGCAAUACAAAAAUGUAUGCCACCAUAUCUUCAAAUACAAAUUUUGAGGACAUUGGUAGCUGUACGUAGUGCAUGAGCCCUGGGACGUGAGAUGAUCCAUCUGGGUUUUUUAAUGUAAUAUACAGAAACAUUAGCAACAGAAAAGGAAGUAUAUAACUUGGUGCCCAGCUUAAUAACACCAAUGAUUAGCGAAAAGACAAGGGCAUUAACGUCCCCUUCCCCAGCGACAUCAAUUCCUUUUAUCCUGCCGGUGGGAAUACGAGAAAAUCAUAAACCGACCUCAAUUAAGGCCCCACCCAAAAGAUGGUUGGCACCACACAAGGAAAGCAUAGGGAGAUAGAAAGAAUGAAGGAAAAGGAGAGAGAAGUAAGAGGAAGAUGAAGGGAGCCGCGUGGGUGAGGGGAGGCAAGGAAGGCAAAGAGGAAUUAACUUCAGAGAGUGAUCUAUUUUAGGGAAUAUCCCCCGGUGGGAUCCUUAAAGUCCCCCUAGCAGGGUGAUCAAUACAUUUCUAAGCAAUGGCUCCAGAACAGUGAAUUGAUUCAGUGGUCAGCUCUUUAAAUGAACACUCCAAGCACCAUAACCUCUACUGUUCAUAUUAAAGAGAUACUGUAGUCGCUAUAACCAUUUCAUCUCUUUUAAUUAGUUAUAGUGCCUGGAGUCCUCUGGUACUGUCCCUCCAUUCAGUGUUAAACCAUGUUUGAGCAGAUUAACACUAAAUAAGGGGCCAUGGCCACCCACAGCCGGCCCCUUGUGGAGGUGUGGCUAAUGCAGAGAUCACACACUUCCUUGUUGUCAUACCCAUUCAUACUGUCAGUUGGAGCUUUGAUAGGCUAAAAGCAGUCAGCUGACACUCUUAGCCAAUCACAGCUGCCCAUUGCUGCUCUUGCUAAUACUUCCUCAUUAGCCAAAGCAGUACAGAAGGGAUGGACUGCCGGGGACUAUCGUUUAGCAUUAAAACUUAAAGAACUGGUUAAUGCUGAAUGAACUGACACUACCAUGAGACCCCAGACACUAUGACCAGUUUAAUAAGAUGAAGCUGACAUAGUGCCUCGAGUGUCCCUUUAAGAAUGGGUCCUGGCAGGUGCCAGCAGCAAUGUCCCCAAAAGCUGGAAGUGUCGGCUGAGCAUUGACUGCCUCCUUGCUCUGCUGGACUUAGUUCAGUGGUUGAGUUUCCACCUGCAGAGGAGGCAAUGGUUGGUGUCUGGCAUGUCCCAGAUAAGUUUUCAAACCGAUCUUGAAUGGUUUGACUUCCUUGAGUAAAUGUUUGGAUUUCUAAGUGACAAAAUCGCUGAAUUGGAAAAAUUAUCUACAUCAGCUAUGUUUAAGGUUUGCCUAUUUUAGACUAAAAUUUCAAAUUCACUUAGAAUUUCCCACAGUUCACAGUGAAUAACCCUGAUUGGGUGCCUCUAAGAAGUAUGUGAGAAUGAUCUCUAAUCAAGGAUACUCAUCUGUUUUCAUAAUUCAGAUUUUUAUUAGUUAAAAUGUAAACCGCAAUGUUAUGCCCACAUCUCUCCCACUCAUUGAUGUAUUUUAUUUCACAAACACAGAACACAAGUAUGAGAAUAUUCCUUUAGCACAGCCAGUACAAUGAUCAUUUUAAAGGCACGCAGAAUUAAUUGAUUUUACUUUAAAGGAUCAUUAUAGGGUCAGGAACACAAACAUGUAUUCCUGACCCUAUAGUGUUAACACCACCAUCUAGCCCCCCUGGGCCCCUCAUGCCUCCAUAAAUAUAGUAAAAAAUCUUACUGUAUUCAAGCCAGAAGCUGUAAAUCCGCAUGCUGUUAGACUCAGAAAAACAAGCAGUCUGCUGACAUGUGGUAGCCUGAUCCAAUCACAGUGCUUCCCCAUAGGAUUGGCUGAGACUGACAAAUAGGCAGAUCAGGGGCAGAGCCAGCAUGAUUCAAACACAGCCCUGGCCAAUCAGCAUCUCCUCAUAGAGAUGAUUUGAAUCAAUGAAUCUCUAUGAGGAAAGUUCAGUACCUACAUGCAGAGGGAGGAGAUACUGAAUCACAGGAUGCUGUGCACAGUGCUGCCCUGUGCUCUGCUGACAGUAGAUCUGAGUGGAUGGAGGAGUUUUAUGCCUCAAUCAACUCGGAAGUCCCUCUGGUGGCAUUCUGAGUGAUUGCAACUGGAGGUGUUCCUAGCUUUCAAUGUAAACACUGUAUUUUCUCAUUAAGCUGAAGUUGUUCAGGUGACUAUAGUGUCCCUUUAAGAGCAAACACUUAAAGGUACUCAGACCAUUAAAUCUCAAUGAAAUGGUCUGUGUUCUAGGAUACUUUAGUUUUAACCGUGCAAUGUAAAGCAUUGUUUUUUUAGUAGAUAUAGAAGUGCUUACAUUGCUGGGUUAAAUAUGCUUCAGUGGCCGUCUACCUGACAUCCACUAGAGGCACUUUCGCUGUGAAAACCAAGUAAAACUCACGGCUGACCUCCAAUAGGGGUGCAGCACCUCUGCGCAUGCAUUUCUUUCUUCCCCAAAGCUUCUCAAUAAAGGAGCAUUGGAUUGGACUUUAAAGGCGUCAGCACGAUGUCAUGGUUGGCAUAUCGAACAGCUGCAGAGACUUGAUCUUAUUGCUGGGAAAAAAAGAUAAAUUUGUAUUCCCAAAUAUAGUGUUCCUUUAACAAAACAAUUCCCCCAGAUCACAUAUCUAAACUUAAACAAUGUUAUAUUUCCAAAAUUGAAUUUUGUACAUUUUUAUGAUUUCCUGUUUUUACAGUGCAAGAUGAUUUCCGUGCCCCGUCUGUGGAUGGCCCAUUUUACACUCUAGAUCCAGAGGACUGCGGUUACAAUACCCCACAGUUGGAUGAGUCUGCUCUUAUGACCACAGCAUACGUAAUGGCAGGAGUCUGUGCCCUCUUCAUGCUACCCCUCUGCCUCAUGCUGUUCCAGUGGCGCUGCUUUCGCUGUCUAAGACGAGGAAAGGACGAUCUCGAUGAUAUUUCCCUACUUAAGUGAGAGAAUUGUGCUCUUCCUCCCAAGCCCCCCAAAUUGGAGUCACCCACGUUAUAGUUUGUUCUCAGAAUCUGUUCAAGGAGAUUCGGGCAACAUUGCUCUGACGACUUCUCCACAAGACUCCAAAAUCAGGAGGCCAUAAGAAACCAAUGGGUACAAGGAACCCUUCGAAACAUGGUGGUUUAUAUAUUAGCCUUACAGUGACCAAGCAAACAAAUGGAACUGGAAUACUGAACUAAAGACUAACACCACAGAGCUUUUAAAACACAAAGCCAUAUUGAGGAAAAAUAGGACGUGUAGUUUGGGGUUUAGUUUUAAGGAUGACAGUACUGAGAGGUGUUUACUUUGAGCUUUUACUAAUGAACCGACCGAUCCAGCAAGAAUGGAACUUUUUUUAGAUGUAUUCUAAUAAUGGAGAAUAAUGAAUGUUAAAAAAGAGAGAGGAUGGGAAAGUGCUUGUUUGCGACCAGUAUCUUGGGUGUAGCUGUGAUUACCAAAAAAAAAUUGGUGCAUCUCUGGGUAUAGAUCUGAUAUUCUGCUCCAAAAACAAGAUGACGGUAUAAAGCUUGUAUACAGCAGUAUGCUACGUUCCCACAAGUGAUAAAGAGUUACUAAUUAGUGCCCAUCUAAGCAGAAUUACUUGCGUUAGUCCCAGUAGGGCUGCAAAUGAUUAUGGACCAAAAAAGCUGCUUUUAACAAGGUAUAUGUUAAGUACAGACUGAUGUUUACAGCUAUGGGUUAAAAUGAAAUUAAUUAAACGCAACUAAAAAGAAGCCGCACCAGUUAUAUAAUUUCCUGCACAGUGCAAACCGUAGUCACAGGACCUAGAACACAAAAGGACUGACAAGGGGAAUACAGGGUAUGAGUACUAAUGAUGAGAUAUUCAUAUAAUGACCUUAGAACUUAAUAGCCAGUAAAAACUUCAAAAUAAUGGUAUUGGUACUUGGGGUCCUAGUUUUGGGAAAAUCAUACAUCAGCAGCUGCGUAUUGAAUAAUUGAAAAAUGCAGCAGUCAGAGCCCAUGCUCAAUUCCUACAACUUCCAUUGAAAUCAGAGUCUAACCUGUAAGCCUUUAACACUACUGUUUCAAAGUUCUGGGCAAUCAGCAGACAAAUACUACUGGUUUACAUAGUCACUGCACCACGAUUAGACUUACGCUGCAUUAUUGUUUUGUAUAAAUAAUCCACAAUUCAUAGUACGGUUCUGAAGAUAAAUUGAACACGAGGAAAAUCUAGAAAACGGAAAAUAAUUUAAAGAAACAAUACACCAUCUCUAGUACAACUUUUUUUGUUGUGGUUAUGUUGCAAGCAGUUUGUUGCAGUCCACCUCCUUUUGUUUGUUAAAGUUUCUUUAGCAAAUUUGGAUACAAUUACACAAAUAAUGUGAAAGUGAAGUUUAUGUAUAUUAUCUCAGUGCCGGAAGAGGGCUCAGUUUUGGGUGCCGAGAUAGCCCUGGUUUUUCUCAAGCCACUUGAAAACAGAAGGACUGCCCUGUGCUUAGAGUGGCCCUUUAAGAAAUGUAUCCUUUGUAUUACACUUGGAAAAAAAAGACAAUUCCUAAGCAUUGGCAGGAACUGUUUUCUAUACUCAGUGUUUGAGGAAACAGAAUGGCACUAAUGAAGGUACCUUGUAUUUGGAUGGAUGGGGGUGAUUAAAUACUUCAUAAUCUAACUGUUUAACAUAUUACAAAGGUUUAAUUUUUCAGUGCCGUAUCACUGACUGAAAAUCCAAGUUUCAUAUUUGGUCUGUUCUUUGUUUUAAAGGACAGUAUAAUCAUUGUGUGGCAGUUCUACAAGUAGGGGUGUAGUAGAAAUGAUUGCAGUGGGUUAAAGGGACACUAAGGGCACCAAUACUACUUUAAUGUAUUUGACAGGUUUUUGCUUCAUUUAUAUGUUGUAUAUUUUUCAUGCACAAAUCUUUAUAGUUUUUUGCAUAAAAUAUAUGUUUUGCAGAAUGCUGCACCAUCAGUCUACAUGUUCACACCCCUUACGCUAGGAAUAGACUACCUAACCAAAUAUAUGUACACAGCUCAGCCAGUGACAGCAGUGAAUGAUCUGAACAACAAAACCUGCAUUAGAAGGAAGACACAGAAGGAGACAUAUAGCAAGUAUAUCACUACUUGUUUGCAGUUUCUCUGACUGUCUGCAGCGAGAUUGUGAAUUGAAAACAGCUCACAUACGUUUGAUAAGGAUGUUUUUUCUGGCAUGAGCGAACGUGGCCAAGGAGGCAGGCUUGUGGUGUAGAAUUCUGCAAAACAUUUAUUUAUUUUGUGAAAGAUUUGAGCAUGCAAAAAAAAAAAAAAUCUAUUAAAUGCAUAAAAGCUGUAUUGGUGUCCCUUUAAGUUCUCUUUGAGACACAAAUGAUUAUGGCUUUAUUACUAAUAAAUACAGUUUGUUUGUUCCUUUAAGAAGAAAUGUUUACCCAUUCUUGCUCACACCCUCAUUUAUAAAAUGAUGUAUUUUAAAAGGCAUGGAGGGCACAAAAACUGCCUUUAAAUAUUGCACAGAUGGAAAUAUUACAGGAAAACAGUUGCAAGUUGGAUCUGUGAUAAGAAAGAAAUCACAGAGGGUUUAUUAAACUGUAAAGCAAUAUAAACUGGUUAGCAACACUUAAAUCUGAAACAUUAUAUUUUACAAAACAUUUUCAAUGUGUCCAGUAUAUACAGAUAAUUCCAUUCUGCAGUGCUGCUGGAGCAUUAGACCGAUGUGUCACGCAAACGUCAAUGACUUCUGCACUCUUUAUCGCUGAUGAUUAUUCUGGCUUGGACAGAAGGGACAGCAAUCCGUUUGAUUUAUACUGGACCAGAAUUGAAUGCACUUUAGAGA